AUGAUCCCAUGUCUGUGGUCCUCUCUUGCUCACAGCCGGGCGCCAUAUGCUGCGAGCCCAGGCGCCCCGGCAGCGCACCCCCGCGCCAGUUGCGCGCGCGCAAGCGCUGGGGCGCGGCUGCGGCAGCGGGCCCCCGGCUGGGUGUUUGGCGCCGCGGGCGCCGCGGGCGCGCUGGCCCCAAGAGGUCUGGGCUGGGGCGGCAGGAGGCUCUCGGGGCGUGACGGGGGAGGCGGCCGACCGGGAGUCGCGCCUGCGUCUGCUGGACGCGCUGGGGGCGGCGCUGCAGCUGGCCGAGAGGAGAGCGGGGCCCGCGGUGAGGCGGAUCGGCUGCGGGCCCGGCUCGGGCGGGAGGAGGCGGCGUGCCCAGGGGCGGCGCUGGAGUGGCGGCGCACGGAGCAGCUGCGGCAGAGCCGGGACAAGGCGCUGGGCCCUGGCGGCGGUCUGCCGCCCAGGCUCCUGGCGGUGGAGGCCCUCCGGGAGCUGGCGUCGCCGCCGCUGCCGGUGCCAGGCGCCGAGGAGAGGCCCUGCUCCAGGUCCUCGGCGAGGUGA